AGUAGAAUUUUGUACAAACCAUUUUGUUUUGUUACAUGUUACCAACGAUUGGAACAGGAAGUGCAUUUCUGCGCGGAUUUCACUAGAUAGGUAUAAGCAGAAGUAACGUUUCUGAAGCGGCCACAAGAAAUUGAUUUUUGGAAUUUCCGCCAAUUCGCCUGAAAUGUUCCACGACUUGAAGUUAAUUAUGGUCUCUUUGAUUGGUGGGAAUUAAUCAACUACAGAUUUUGUGUAUCAAGAAAAGUGAUAAUUGUCCUAUACCCUAAAUUAAAUUGAAAACGAGACCGGUCCUAGAAUUCCCAAGUGAUACCACAGGGUGCUGUAAAAUUUUCGCUUCAAAUAGGAUAAUUUCCAUCAAAACUCCCGAUAUUCUUCAAAAAGCAAAAAGCUUCCUCGCCUCAGUCCGAAAUCCAAGAAAAAAAUAGCUCGGACGAAAAACGAAAUGGACACGAAAAAUGGCGAUCCCCACAAGAAGAUGGCCAACGGUUUUACCAGCCAAGAAAACCAUGAUAUGAAACAGGCGUUUGAACUUUUUGACAAAAACCAUGAUGGCAAAAUUUCCAGCGACGAAUUAGGAAGAGUUUUACGGACCCUCGGUCAUAAUUACUCCCAAGAGGAAGUGGAAGACAUGAUAAAGAAUGCAGACACUAAUGAAAAUGGAUUCGUUGAAUUCGACGAAUUUGUAGUUAUGAUGAGGCGGUGGACCCACAACAGCGGAGUAGAGGGCGCUGAUGGAGUCUCGACGUCGUCAUCAUCGUCUAAAUCAGACAAGCAGCUGGAGGCAUUCCGAGUGUUUGACAUGGAUGGAAACGGGUAUAUUGAUAAGCAUGAAUUGAGGUACACCAUGAGGCGACUUGGUGAGAAUCUUUCAGACGAGGAUAUUAAAGAAAUGUUCAAGGAGGCGGAUCUAAAUGGAGAUGGUCUAAUAGAUUACAGCGAAUUUUCCAGAUUACUGCACAAUUUUUUACCGGAAUAACCGCACAAUUGUGAUUGGUCUUGUUGUUGACAAAAUAUUACCAAUGACGUCAUCAGCUUCCGUUAUCUGCUAAUUUCUAUAUAAUUAUUACCGGAACAGAGUAUACUGAAUAUAAUAUAUUCAGAAUUCCAGCCACGGGAAGUUAAACUCAUGAUUUGAUAACUCGUACCUCAUUGAACGCAGUGGAUGACUGACAUUUACUCAUCGACGGAGUUGAUAGUACAAUACAUUCCAUUGGUCAAAGAGGCGAUCACGUGUAGUGAUAUAACAGCUCUCAUUUCCAAUCAGAGAACUUUUGUCUCAUUUAUAAGCUCAGUGACUGUAUACUUGUGAGCAACAUAAUACAUUUGUAAUCAUCCUCGAUACUUUAAUUUGACUUGGAAAGAACUGAAGUGUUUAAUAUACACUAUUAAAACAUUUUCAGUGUUCAUAUAACACAUGGCCACCCUUUUUUAAUAUUAUAAAUUAGUUAACUUGGAAAGCGUAAGCAUUCAUACCCAACUAGCACGCCGUCUAUCGGCAAAUAAACUGUGACAAAAUAUAACUGUUUAGAACAAUUUUGUAACGGUGUUCAAUUUACAGUUGACGCACGAUUUGUUGUUGAUUGCUGAAAUAUUUAUAAGAGAAUUUCCUUUAUCCUGUUAUCCUCUGUCGUUGAUACUGAUGUAUAACUUUUAACCAUUUCAUUUGAAAUGGGAUGCAUUUGUCCUUCACCUUGUUAACUGGAUUGUUCGUUUUUUAUUUUUAUAUGUAUUUGACUUUAUCAAUUUUCUUUUGUGUGUGAUAAUCAGAAUAUUAUCAGUAUUUCUCUGCCAUUUAUGGACGAUUUAUUUUGGUGGAAUAUAGGAGAAAUUGGUGGUAUCUAGAAACCUUGUGCUAAUAUCAAAUGAAUAGAUAUAUAUACAUACAAUAUAUAGAAAGUUUAUUUACAAUUUUGUGAUAGCUAUAAGUAUAUGACUAAUUUUAUGCAGAAUAUGAUGUCACGUGAUUCAAAUGACGUUAGUUUCAUUGUACUUUCAGGGAAAAAGGAGAAUUUUCCCGUGACUCUCUUAAUUACUUAAUGGAUGUCUUCCUGUCUUGAAUAUUGAUAACUUUUUUGUCUUAGAACAUGAAUUUUCCAAUGUUAGAGUUUAGAAUUCUGCACUGAUUUAAUUUGAAAACCGAAACUAAAAGUAAUAUGUUGUAGAAGGAUGUGUCUGUUAUGAUCUCCCAAAGGAACCAGAGUGUUGUUAAUAAUUAACAAUUACAAAGAUUGUAAAUACAGUUUAUAUUACACUUAAUAAAACAAUAAACCAUUUUUGAAUUAU